GAAGAAGAAGAUGAUGAUGAUGAUGCCGGAACCAUUGAUGACCAGACGUUGUUUCCCUCCGACGCCUUUCUGUCGGCGCUCAGCCACUUUGUUUACUUUCUUCUGACACAGUCGGCCUCUCUCUGUUAACACAAAACACUGAUGCCGGAGCGUUUUUAUCAUUUCACUUUCGGUGUUUUGACCGUUUUAACGUUUUUCUGUCUGUGUUCUUCUUCACCUUCGACGAUAUUAACCGGAAGUGUUGUUUUUUUUUUUUUGUGUUUUGGAGGAUAAAACGCUUAAAAAUCAUCAGCGAGAGCCCGGAAACUAAAACCAACAUGUCCGCAGACCAGCAGCCGUUCCCCCCGCCCUCCUCUCCGUUCCCCCCCGGAGCCGUGGAGGGGUUCGGCGGUGUGGACCCUCGGGGCAGCCCGCUGUCAGAGAUGGAGACCCUGAGGAGCUUCGUUAACGAGCGGCUGACGGCGGCGGUGGACGACAUCCUGGCUGUGUUCGUGAAAACCGUGGCCCAGUACCGGGAGCAGAUAGACCGGCAGCGGCGGCAGCUGGACAGCCUGAGGUCCGAGGAGGGCAAGUGGAGCCAAACAGCAGACCCUCUGCAGGCCUUCUCCUGGAUAAAAAAGUGUCCCGAUGACCACAUCCUGAGCGUCCAUCUGGACCAGACCGACCGUAUGGACGAGACGGACGCCGGCUCCUCGGCUGCUCAGAUUAAAACAGAAGUUGGCGGCGAGGACUGUGCAGUGUCAGAACCAAACGGUGACUUUGAUCCAGCCAGUGGUUCGGAGGGAGCCGGUGACGGCCGACUCCUCGCUGAGUGCUCUGAGACUGAAGACAGUGGAGACUACUGGAGAGACGCUGCAGGACUUUGGAAACCAGAGGGGACGGAAGAAGCAGAGGGACAAAGUUCAUCUCUGAGCUCGAAGGUGAAGAGCUCCGCUGAUCUGUCGCCGGAGCCUGAAGUGUCGCAUCAGCCUCCGCCGGUGUUUAGUUGUAAAGUUUGCGGCGAGUCCUUCCAGAGGAUUAGUUAUCUACUCACUCACGCUUCGGCACAUUUGAGAGACUGCGGCCUGUGCGGGAAACAUCUGGAGCACACGGAGAACCUGAAGCUUCACCUGCGAGUCCACAGAGAGACGUCGUUCCGCUGCAGCGUCUGCGGUCAGAGCUUCACCCUGCGGGGGAACCUGAGGACGCACAUGAGGAUCCACUCGGGCGAGCGGCCGUACGGCUGCACCGUCUGCGGCAAGAGCUUCGGCAGGAGGGCGACGCUGGUGCGGCACGUCCGCAGCCACACGGGCGAAGCCGCUCAUCUGCGCGCGACUGCGCGGCGCGCUUCCGUGGAGAAGGGCAACCUGACGGUGCACCUGCGGACGCACACCGGCGAGAGACCGUACUGGUGCUCCAUCUGCGACAGGCGCUUCAGCCAGCUGUCCUGCUUCUACAAACACCCCUGUCAGAGGAGAGGUCUGACCACCGACUGCCCGAAAACAUGACGGGGAUUCUGUACCAUUUCAAAAUAAACUAAUUUCGUGGGCUGAACAGGUCCUGAAAACACAUUUUUACAAUAAGCUUACAGUACGACCGAUCUUGCAUCAGAAUAAUUUGAAAGGUACUACAGAGUCGUGAAGUGUGAACUGACCCCAACAGUUUCUAAUCAACCCGUUGAACCAGGGCGAGAUGCUGAAGUGGUCUUAGUAAUAUUUAAAGCUUCACGAAGGGGAAACUUUUGCUUCAUGACCUUUUACUUCUGAUUUGAAAACGUUGAACCAAAGUCGAUGAAUGCUCUUAUUUGAAGUUUUUGGCGAGUGUAUAAGCUGGAUAACAUUCCGAGUCGUGUUUUAGGAUGUUAUUACAAACCUCAGAGUGGAUCAUCUUUACUCUGUAUUCAGUGCUAUCCUGCAGGUUUUACAUUUCAUGCUGAUUUUUCCUGUCUGUUCCUGCCACCAGUGACACUUGUGCCAAAGUUGAAUCAAUAAAAACAACACUGAAAGUGCA